AUGGCGUUAGGUAGCAACUUCUACGGCGUCGUUUCUUUUGGACCACUGACAGAGGAAAUAAUCGCCACCGUUAAGAGGCUGCAAUUGACUACUUCCAACGGAACCCUAACAUAUGUGCCACCACUGCCUACUCUUCCAUUUGAUCUCAUAGUAGAAAUUUUGUGCAGGCUUCCGGUAAAGCUCCUCGUUCAACUUCGAUGCCUCUGCAAAUCCUUUUAUUCACUUAUCUCUGAUCCCAAAUUUGCAAGGAAGCAUCUUUGCUUGUCAAUCAAGCGUCGCCGCUACAUACUAAGCUCCAUAAAUGACUCAAAUAAGUUACUUUUCUUUGAUUCUCCAAUUCCCUCGACUUCUAGCUUUACACUGACACAACUUAACCACCCUUUUACUAGCGAAAAUAAUGGAUACCCUAAACCUUUGAGUUUGUCUUCUUGUGAUGGCAUCCUUUGUUUUGUCUUUGAUGAUAAUUCUACUAUUUUGUGGAACCCUUCCAUUAGAAAAUUCAAGUUAUUGCCUCCUUUAAAAAAUCCAAUGAAAAGUGUUAUUUGUUCCUCGAGCUUUGGGUAUGAUCAUUUCAAUGAAAAUUAUAAGGUUAUUGCUAUUACUUUCUCUAAGGGCAAAGGUAAUGAAGUUAAUGUUCAUGCUUUGGGUACGGAUUCUUGGAGGACGAUCGAAGACUACCCAUGUCCUCAUCCCAUAUAUAGACCGGGAGUAUUGGUGAGUGGCGCCGUUAAUUGGAUGGUAUAUGAUGCUUCAAGUAGUUCAAGUGUCAUUGUUUCUCUUGAUUUGGAGAAGGAGUCAUAUCAAAAGUUUUCCCAUCCUUAUUUGGAGAAUGAUUAUUACUCGAACUUGGGGUUGGUGGAGGGUUGCUUGUGCAUCUUUGCACAUUGGAAGAUGCUUUUUGAUGUUUGGAUUAUGAACGAAUAUGGAAAUAAAGAGUCCUGGACUAGAUUGUAUAGUUGUGUUCCUUUCACGGUAGAUCGGGGUUUGCAUCUCCGUCCCAACGCUUUAUAUAUUUCUAAGGAUAACCAACUCCUAAUGGAUUUUUAUGAGUUCAAUAGUAACAAAUCGAUGUUUGUUGAUUAUGAUUUAAAAAAUGGUACUUUGAAGAGUUUUGAGAUUCAAAACAUCGAUCGUUGGGUAGAUCCAGAAGUUUACAUUGAGAGUUUGAUAUCACCUUGUUAUUAA